AUGAGUUUGACCCUACAGUUAAUUCCUCCAGACUUGUCCAGUGUCUACCACAACUCUUCUAUGAAGCAGCAGAGUGACUACGAGACUCAAACAGGCAGGAGUGUCCUUCCAGCAUUACAGCCAGUUUACCAGUCAGCUCCUGCAGUCUGGAACAUAGACCUUUCAGAGAGAAAGGCCUCCCUCUUCCUAGAGGUGCUGAAACUCCAAACAGAGAAGAAACCAGUAGAGCUGAGAGACUGUCUGAGCUCCAGCUUUCUGAUGUCCAUCAUCAGAGAGAUAUAUGAGACUCGCUCUGCUCACUGUGUGUCCAGUCUGUUGAGCUCAGUUGAAAACUACAUCAACCUGAGCACCAGAGUGCUGGACACUGUGGACUGUGCUGCCCUGUGCUUUACUCUACAGCACAGCAAAGGAGUCAGACUCAACCUGCUGUGGACCUCCAUACCAGAGGAGGCGAUAGAGAACAUCCUGCCUUUUCUCAACACAAUCUCCCACCUCAGUGUUGACAGACGGCUGUUGCUGAGACUUCUCCACUGCUGCUGCAUGGACUCUGAGCUCCAGCAGGGGGCAGCAGCAGCUCUGCUCAGGGCUCUGCAGCACACACUGGACUUCUCCUGCUGCUCUGCUGUGGACCUGAGUACAGAGUCAGAGGGAGAGACUCUGCACCUGAGCCCAGAACACUGCAGGCUCAUCUCCAUGGCGAUCCAGAGUUCUGACUCCAACACACACCUCAUUCUACAAGACUGUGACAUACAGGACGCAGGACUGAAUGAACUUUUCCCCAUUUUACACAAGAUACGACUGAGCUGCAGUAAAAACCUGCUGCUUCAGUUUCUGACUCUGGUUUGUGUGGGGACAGAGAGUGGGUCUGUGAAGUGUGCUGUAGCUCUCUCCCAGGCUCUUGGUGAUGAGGUCGACUUCAGUGAGACCAGACUGGACCUACAGGCCUGUAGAUCACUGGCUCUGGUUCUGGAACAUUCUGACGGGCUGUCAGAACUGGACCUCAGUCACUGCCAGCUCACUGACCACUGCCUGGAGCUGCUACUGCCACACCUGCAUAAGACACAAGUCCUAGAGUGA